AUGCUGGGGAAGUUACAAGUGGAUCGAGAAGAAAUCAACAUUCCUAUUACCGGAGUAAACAGUGUGCGAUCAAGUGUCCGUCAGAAAGCGAAGGUUGAUGUCCUCUCGAAGCAUAACAAUUUCAAAAUCGAGUUAGAUUGUUUGGUCUCACCGAAGAUAACAGGAAACUUGCCUACUUUCGAGGUGGAUAUGACUUCGUGGAAUAUUCCAAGCGGAAUUCAGCUAGCGGAUCCGGUGUUCUUUCGUCCGGGACAAGUGGACUUGUUGAUCGGAAUGGAAUGGUACGACGACGUAAUCAAGCCUGGUCGACUGAAGCUGUCCGAAGAACUUCCUACGCUCCAGGACUCGCAAUUUGGGUGGUUGGUAGGUGGAAGAUAUUCUAGUGCUUUUAGUGGAAUAAGUGUGAACUCUUGUGUAGCGACACCAUUUGGUGAUCCGCUAAGUGAACUAAUGCAGAAGUUUUGGGACAUUGAAAGUGUAUCCAGUGAAAAUUGUCCGUUGUCGGAAGCCGAACAGUGUGAGAAACAUUUCCAGUCUACGUUUCGUCGACGUGAUGAUGGCCGAUACGUAGUGCAGCUUCCACUAAGGGAUUCAGUAAGUCAGCUUGGAGAUUCUAGAUCGAUGGCACUCCGGAGAUUCUACGCUUUGGAAGCAAAAUUGCAGAAGAACCCGGAGAUAAAGAAGCAAUACGAUGAUUUCCUGGAUGAGUAUGAGCAGCUUGGACAUUGUGUGGAAGUCCGUGAAGUGGAUGAUCCCAUCGGUUUGCAGAAAUGGUAUCUGCCGCACCAUGCAGUGCUAAGGCCAUCGAAUUCAACUACCAAGUGUCGCGUAGUAUUCGAUGGAUCAGCGAAGAUAGGUGGAAUGUCCUUGAAUGAUGCGAUGAUGGUCGGUCCUACAAUCCAACCCGAUUUGCUGACGAUUAUUUUGAAGUUUCGCGUAUUUCGGUACGUGUUAAGCGCUGAUAUAGCUAAAAUGUAUCGGCAAGUGCAGAAAGCAAAAUGCCACACUCCGUUACAACGCAUCUUCUACCGGAAAAAUCCUAGUGAUCCACUUAGAGUGUUGGAAUUACAAACUGUGACCUACGGCACAGCUUCCGCCCCAUUUCUGGCUAUUCGAGCAUUAUACCAACUAGCAAUAGAUGAGGAGGAGUCACAUCCUGGGGCGGCAAUGUUAGUGAAGAAGAUGUUCUACGUCGAUAAUGUAUUAUUCGGCGGCGACGACUUGGAAGAAGUUCGAAGACUUCAAGGAGAAUUGGUUUCCUUGUUGCAGUGUGGAGGUUUCCAUCUACACAAAUGGGCAGCGAACGAUGAGAGACUCCUGGAAAGUGUAUCUGAUGUUGAUCGAGAUAAGUUGGUGAAGAUUGAAGACUCUAGCGCAAAUGAAGUUAUCAAAACCCUUGGAUUAAUGUGGGACCCGAUCGGAGAUGAUUUUCUAUUUCGUGCACAAGCUGACUGUAAAAUUCCAACCCCAACAAAGCGGCAAGUAUUGUCAGUAAUUGCCAGGCUUUUUGAUCCUCUGGGACUGUUGUCACCGGUCAUCGUUUUGGCGAAGACACUAAUGCAAAAACUCUGGAAAAGCAAAAUGGAUUGGGACGAUCAACUAGAUGGAGAGUUACUGAAGGAUUGGACAAAUUUCUUGGAUGCACUACCACUUGCAGAAGACUUCCGGGUUACACGACGUGUUGUUACGAAUGAUGCAGUCAGGCUCGAAAUCCAUGGAUUCUCAGACGCUUCAAACAUGGCCUACGGUGCGUGCGUAUACCUUCGAUCAGUAUUCGAUGAUGGCACCGCUAGUGCGAAGUUGAUUACUAGCAAAUCAAAGGUCUGUCCAAUCACUCCAUUGUCUAUUCCAAGGAAGGAGCUAAUGGCAGCUCUGCUUCUGAAUCGCCUGGUGAAGAAAGUGAUCAACGCAAUGGAAUUGGAAAACGUCCCAGUUAUUCUCUGGUCGGACAGCCAAGUAGUUUUAACAUGGCUGAACAAACCUGUAGACCGCCUUCAGAUAUUCGUGAGAAAUCGUGUCGCAGAGAUAAUCCAGGAAACCAAGAAUGUGUGGAAAUACGUCAGGUCCGCAGACAACCCGGCUGAUAUUGUGUCUCGCGGAAUGUCAGCUAAAAUGCUUUCGAAAAAUGAUUUAUGGUGGAAUGGACCGUAUUUUCUACGCAUCGCAACCUAUGAAGAAGUGACCCCUGCAGUACUGAAAGAUGAAGAAAUUCCAGAAUUGAAGUCAGCAAUAUCUACCAAUAUCGCAACAGUGUAUGAAGAGCUUCCAAUAUUAACGAAAUUUGAAUCUUUUCGAAAAACGCAACGUAUUAUCGCCUUUGUUCUCCGGUUCAUAUCCAACUGUCGUUUGAAGAAAGGUACACGAAGAGCUACAUCAACACCAACGAUUCCGGAGCUACAAAACGCAACUAAGUGCAUCAUCCGUGCGAUCCAACGAAGUGAACUACAAGAUGAAAUCGAUCGCCUACAAUCUGGAGAGCCAUGUAAGCGAAUUGGCAACCUAAAUCCCUUCUUGGAUGACGGAUUAUUAAGAGUUGGAGGUAGAAUUCGUCACUGCAACCUACCUUACGAUGUGAAGCACCAAUGGAUUGUUCCUGCUAAACACCCUGUGACAAGAAAUCUCAUCGUCGCUAUUCAUAGGGAAAAUCUUCAUGCUGGUCCAAAUAGCAUACUCGCAGCUCUAAGAGAACGGUAUUGGAUCCUGAAUGGUAGAUCGACGGUAAGGAAGGUUACGAGAAGUUGUAUCACCUGCUUCAAAUCAAACCCGAAGUUGGCUGAGCAAUUUAUGGGAGACUUGCCCUCCUAUCGAGUCACCGAAGCACCUACAUUCCUAAGAGUUGGAGUGGAUUUUGCCGGACCCAUCUACAUCAAACAAACCGCUAGGAAAGCCGCACCAACGAAAGGAUACAUCUGUGUAUUUGUCUGUAUGGUAUCUAAGGCAAUGCACUUGGAAGUAGUCGAGAACCUCUCGACUGAAGCAUUUUUGGCGGCACUACAAAGAUUUGUUUCCAGAAGAGGAGUUCCUGAAGAGGUAUACAGUGACAAUGGAACCAAUUUCAUGGGAGCGAGAUCGGAACUGCGUGAGCUGUACGAGCUCUUCAAGGCUGACCUCACCAGUGAAAGGCUAUCGCAGUUUUGUCAAAUCAAGGAGAUCAAGCAAACAACAAUUCCACCAAGCGUAGCUCAUUUCGGAGGGUUAUGGGAGGCGGGAGUUAAAAGUGUCAAAUCGGUUAUGAAGAAAGAAGAUAACAUGCCACCGCAGCAAUGGAGACUAGGUAGAAUAAUCAAAAGCUACCCUGGUCCCGAUAAUCUGACUCGCGUCGUAGAUGUCCGUGUGGGGAACAGCAUCUUCAAGCGGCCGAUCCAUAAAUUGGCCCCACUACCCAUUCUAGAGGAAAGUGCUGCAACUACAACAUCACUUCUUUCUCGCACCAUUGAUCAGUUUUUUCGCAACGACCAACAGCAGCAGAAGGAGAAGAAGAUCGAGAAACAGCCCAGCCGAGACCAGCCGCAGCAGAGUCGAACCGACACCGGCAACAGCAUCAGAGCCUAG